AUGGGCCUCCAGAACGCCAAAGCCUCCUCAGUGAAGCGGGCCAACAUCCUGAUGCUAGGGCUGGAUUCUGCGGGGAAAUCCACGCUGCUCUGCAAGUUCAGGUAUAAAGAUGAUUUUCUAACAAUGCCAACGAUUGGCUUUAAUGUGGAUAUGAUUGAAGCAGGGAAAGAUUUUACACUGACAGUUUGGGAUGUUGGAGGACAGAAGAAAAUGAGAGAGCUCUGGAACAAUUUCCUGGAAGACACCGACGGGCUGCUCUACGUGGUGGACAGCUCUGACAAGCGCCGGCUGGAGGAAUCCAGGCGGGAAUUUGAGCUCAUUUUAAAGAAUGAAUCCAUAAAAAACAUCCCUGUGGUCGUGUUGGCGAACAAGCAGGAUUUGCCUGGAGCUCUGAACGCCGAGGAGAUCACCAGGAGGUUCAAGAUGAAGAAGUACUGCAGUGACAGGAACUGGUACGUGCAGCCCUGCUGUGCCAUCACGGCAGAAGGGCUGCCAGAAGCUCUCCAGAGAGUGGCCACGUUUGCCAGGCAGUACAGCAAGUCAAAGGAGACUUUCACCACCCUGAAGGAACUCACUGCCUUUUAA